AUGAGUGCUCAUCGUGCUGAUAUCAUGGCUCAGAAUGGCAGUGAAGUCAUUGGAAACACCCCACUUCUCGUUUUAAACAAUGUCACUAAAGGCUUAGAAGCCAAAAUAGCUGUCAAAUUGGAAUACACCAAUCCCGCUGCUUCUGUGAAAGACAGAAUCGCCUAUAACAUGAUCGAAACCGCUGAAAGAGAAGGAAAGAUUACACCUGGAAAAACUGUGUUGAUCGAGCCUACUAGUGGAAAUAUGGGAAUUGCUUUGGCUUUCGUUGCAUCUCUCAAGGGAUACAAGUGCAUCCUGGUUAUGCCAGCUUCCAUGAGUGUAGAACGAAGAUGUUUAUUGAAAGCUUAUGGUGCUGAGGUUAUUUUGACCAGUGCUCCAUUGAUGGUGAAAGGUGCUCUCGAACGUGUUGAUGAACUUGCUGCUGCUAUACCAAAUGCUUACGUUUUGAACCAGUUCGCCAACCCAUCUAAUCCAGAAGCUCAUUACAAAUCAACAGGACCAGAAAUCUGGAAACAAACAGAAGGAAAAGUUGAUCUUGUUUGCUUCGGUGUUGGAUCAGGUGGAACCCUCACUGGAGUAGGACGUUUCCUCAAGGAGAAAAACCCUGAUAUUGGAGUUUACCCAGUCGAACCUUAUGAAUCUUCUGUCAUUAAUGGUCUCCCUCACAAUCCUCACAAAAUUCAAGGAAUGGGAAUCGGAGUUAUUCCUGAAAAUUUGGAUACCAGCUUGUUCAAGGAGGCUCUCCGUGUUCGUUCCGAUGAUGCCAUUGAAAUGGCUCGCAGAUUGGCUAAAGAAGAAGGAAUCCUAGGAGGCAUAUCCUCAGGAGCUAAUGUGUGUGCUGCUAUUGAGUUGGCUAAACGACCAGAAAAUAAGGGAAAACUCAUUGUGACCUCUAUCAACAGCUUCGGAGAAAGAUAUUUGUCCACACUGUUGUACUCUGCUUUGAGAGAGGAAGCUGUACAAAUGACCGAAACCAGCUUGGAAGAGUCUAUCGAAAUCUCCAAGAAGUACUUAGGAAUCAAUUGA